CCCAGUUAUUCUCCAGGAGUUCAUGUAAGAUGCUUCUAGUAACUUUGUUCUUUUUGAAUAAUAUUUAGGAGGGGAGCCAAGGCGCCAAAAUGCACAACGUGUGGACUCCAAUAGACGUAAACGUGAGCACAGUCUUGUCCUUGUCGCACCUGGACAUCUCUGUGAUGAGAGAAGUAAAGUGUGCUGGAGCCGCUCUAGCCGGCAACACGACGUUGCUUUACUGCUACCAGGCGCCCCGGUGCUUGGUGCUGCUGGACUCUCUUGAACAAGUGCGCCCCGGCGACGGAUCACAGGAAUGGAGAUGCAAGUACUUCAAAGAGGAGCGCUCAUGCGCACUGCAAGAUGGAGCCAAAGUUGAACUGUUCGCCGUCACCGACGAUUGUCCUGAGGCCAAACUUUGCUCCAUUGGAGGAUUAGUUGGCAUCCCGAUGUCAGAAAUCUCUUCACCGAUGGAGUGCUGCCCAAGCUCCUCAUAUCUGGACGGCCUCGGCUGCGUCCUAACUCAGCUGACGCCUUCCGUCAACUUCUGCAAGGCGCAGAAGUUCUGCAGGUCGCGAGGCGCAGAAAUCUUCUCUGCAAAAAAUCCAGCGGCUUUUAAAAAACUCCAAUCACAACUCAAGGACCUAUAUUCAGGAAGUCACAGUUUCUGGAUGUACGUGGUGCGGGACGCUAGCGAUGGGUUCACCUGGAAGCUGAGUGCCAGCAACCGAAAAAUGACGCCGCCUGAAUGGUCAAAAAAUGCUCCCAGCGACUCUGCCUCAAACGCCUGCGUCCGAGCAAACGGCGCCGAUGAUUAUUUGCUGCGUAACUUUCCCUGUGAUUCUGAGGGAGAGGUCCUCUGCCUGUUCAACAGCACUUUUCCUAAAUGCUAA